CACAAGUAAAAGGCUAUUUUAUAAAUCCCAUCUCCAUUGAGUUUGAGUUGGAUGUUCUUCGCUUCUUCGAUUUCUAGCGCUUAUCUAGAGUUACAGACAGUGAGACAGAGAGAGAAGAUGGGGAUAAAAGUAAACGAGAGAUUAGAGGAGAUGAUUGAGGAAGGGUGCGAGACGCCAAAACACCGGGACUGUCGAAUUCCAAUGGCUUCGGUGUGCCCACCGCCUCCGAGGAAGAAACCAAUCUACGGCAAGAAGAGAGACCCUCCGACGAAUGGGUAUUUUCAGCCGCCUGAUCUGGAACUUCUCUUCGCUAUAGCGCCAAGGCGGGAAGCCUGUGUGUAACUUUGAGUUUUGGUUUGUGGCAUCUGCUUUUGUAGAUAGUUGUAAUCUAUUACUUCUUCCUCCUUGAUCUAUGGCUAUGACUCUGAAAGUCGUAUUAGUUUUCAAACUGAGAAAUAUAUUCCUUCCUUGUUCGUUUCCUUACUCUGUUUUGUUGUUCAUUUUUGCGUAUGCGCGAUUAUCCCAGUAAUUUUAGACUUGGUUGCUUUC